GUCAGCAGAGUUGCGGAGGAGGGACUCCUGUAUUGCGCGCGCGGUCGCGUUGAGCUCUAAUUCGCAGCAGAUGCGCAUUUGUGGGGAUGAAGGCUGUUCUCAGAGGGUUCCUCGCCCAGCAGCAGACCCGCUCCCGCAGCGUCGAUGCUUUAGAGAACAAAUGGAGGAGCUAGUCUGCAGCCUGACGGAGGAGAGGCGCGGCUGCACCUGAACCAGCGCGCACUGGUCUGGAAAUGGAUACUAGCAGAUUCCUGGUGGGAUCAUGCUUUUUCCUACUGUGUCUCUGUGGAUUCACAUCACCAUCAUCAUCAUCAGCAGCAGCAGCAGCGAUGGUGGACUUUUGCCCAGAACGCUGCGACUGUGCGCAUCCACAGCACCUCCUGUGCAUCAACCGCGGGUUGCGCACCGUGCCCAAACCCGCGGCGCGGUUUUCUGGUGGCGCACGGAUCUUCAGCCUAGGGGGAAACUUCAUCACAAACAUCUCUGCCUCCGACUUCACGUGGUACAGUCACCUGAUCCGGCUGAACCUUCAGUACAACCAGGUAGAAAACAUUCAUCCAAAAGCCUUUGAGGGACUGUCCAACCUGGAGGAGCUGUACCUGGGACACAACCUGUUAUCCUCCAUCGCUGCUGGAACCUUCCAGCCCCUCCCCAGGUUAACCGUGUUCUAUGGAAACAACAAUGGCCUCAGGAAAAUAACACCUGGGCUCUUUUCUAACCUGGAAAGUCUUGUUAAACUUCGCCUCGAUGGCAACUUAAUAGAAGUCCUGCAGGAUUCUGUUUUUAAAAGUCUGAGCAGCCUGCAUUAUCUCCACCUGGAAUACAACAAAGUUCAGCACAUCCACAGGGACGCCUUCUCUAAGCUGACCAGUCUGCGCUUUCUAAACUUGGCUCACAACAAGCAGUCGGCCAUGCAGAACGCCCUGACUUUCUCCCAUCUUAGAGCUCUGACAACGCUGCUGCUGUCUGAAAACGAAAUCCAGCAAGUGGGAAACCACGUCUUCCAAAGCCUGAACAAACUCUCCAAGCUCUCCCUCAGCAACAACAGAAUCUCCAUCAUGGGCAACCAUACUCUGGAGGGACUGUUGAGCCUGAGGGAGCUUCUGAUGGACGGAAACCAGCUGAAGGAAAUCCCAUCCGGUCUCCUGGACCCUCUGCAGCGCAUCGAGCGGCUGGACUUCAGCCACAACCACAUCUCCAGCAUAAACCCCAUGGCUUUUUCUAAACUGAAACAUCUAAAGCUGCUAAAGCUGAACAACAACUUUCUAACUAGUCUGUCAGGGGGCAGUUUUACCCUGAACCAUGUGCUUUAUGACCUGCAUCUCCAUGGCAACAACUGGACCUGUGACUGUGGCCUGGAGGAUCUGAAGAGAUGGAUGACUGCGGCACAUUCUCAGGGCAAACUGUUGACUGUAAUUGUGCAAUGCCACUACCCCGUGAGCCUGAGGGGGAUAUAUCUGGACUUUUUGAACAGCUCCCAGCUGCAGCCCCUUGGGAACUGGAGCCACUCGUGUGAGAGCCAACCCAGGCCGGACGAGAGCUGGGGAAGAAGUGUGUUGGUAAAAGUGGAGGACGGCGAGAGAGGAGCAGCAGUGAAGGAUGAAGAGAGGAGACGUGAAGAGGUGGGAAUGGGUGAGAGAAACAGAACAGAAUCAACAGAGGGAGAACGCUCGAGGAACCAGAAGAAGAACGGAUGGGAAGAUUGGGAUGAAACAAAAAGAGAAAAGCAGGGAAAGAUGGGAAUUCAAGGAGACCAAGGGGGGCCGGAGGUAGAAGAAGCAGCUGUGGGGGCUGUUGCCAAACGUCCCAAAGGGAGACAAAGGUCACGUGUCAUUACUAAAACAACCACCUAUCCAAGUUACUCCACAAACGUCUGGGUCAGCACCAUUCCGGUCCAGUUAGGGGAGAAGCUUGACCAUCUGAGGUCACCUCAGGAGAUGAGUCUGCCUGUGGUCACAGAUCCCUGUGAGUUUAACCAUCAUUACAUCACUAACGUAUCAGUGGACCAGGUCACGUCCAGGACCGUCUCCGUGUCCUGGAUCACCAGGGAUCACGCUGUAGGGGCCAAGUCCACCCACCAUGAAGUCCGCUACCGGAUUCUGUUUGACAGAUUUGGCAUCGCGGACCGGUUCCCACGUUACAUCUACACCCCCAGAGCAGCUCGCACCAUCACCCUCCGUGAACUCACCCCAGGGGUGACCUACAUGGUGUGUGUGGAGGGAGUGGUGGGUGGUUCUGUGUGCAACGUAGCACCACGAGACCACUGCACAGGCCUGGUCACCCUGCCUGAGGAGGGCAGCCACAGCGGAGCCACACUGACCUCUGACCUCCAGCUGGUGACAGUGGCCACCCUGGUAGGGAACGCCGUUCUGCUGCUGGUCGUCAGCGGUGUCUGGUUGGGUCGGAGCCUCAGAAGAAGGCUGCUGAGGAGGAAGACGUCCGUCCACGUGCGUCACAUGUACUCGACUAGGCGUGCGUUCCGGCCUCCUGUGACCGUGGCGUCCGUCUCCACAGACUUCACCAGUUACCAGAGCAGCCGGCCCGCUCGACUCACACCGCUGGAGGAAGAUCUGAUCCAGUUCCCUUCUGAUCGCUUUCUAGAUAACUGUGGGGCUCGCAGGGACACAGACUUCCAGAGAUUCUCUGACUAAAACCAUGAAAGUACUAAAAAUGUGAGCGAGCUCAAGUCUUUCUCCUUUUACUAGUUUUUAAAUCCCAGCCUCAAGGUCAGUAAAUGACCGCCGAGCUCAGAGGAUGUCCGGUUCUCCCGACUUCCUCGUCCUGAUCCGAACCUUUCCUCCUUCAUUUCCUCACAUCUGUGUGUGAUCUUCCUGUGAAUGUACUCAUAUGAAUGAUGUACCACUGAUUUCAAUUAUGGUGCUAAUGCUGAUUUAGACAGAAUGUAAAGAUGGCUGUCGUGUUUUAUACGUUUACGUGUUAUUUUGUUUUCCACAAGGAAGUAAAUCCCCUGAAAUGUGACUAGAAAGUCACAAACAAGUGUCCAAACUCAUCUGAGACGUGUUGUGCACAUUAGACAGUCUUCCACUAUUCUGCAUGAAACAUUUAUUUACAGCUUUAAAGAAACUUUUAUUUACAUUUAAAUAAAAAGGCAAACACCA